CACUAUUUACUUUGAACGCACGUGCUCUGACGAGCUUUACCGUACAGUUGUGCUUUAUUUUUACUGUUAUACCACAAUAUUACUAUAGUUUAACGUGUUGGAAAGCUUUCUGUCCGGAAAAAGAAACGUACGGUACGGUGAGAUGUCUUCGACAGACGAACUACGCGAGGUUGAAGUUGAGAUCAAAGGCAAUGAACAUGAAGCGCAACAUGGGCACCAAAUGAGUAUGGGCGAUAGAGAUCCCACAUCAAUGAAUGACCACGUGAAGGUAUUUUUCCAAGACGUGUUUGCGGAACCCGACGGCUCACACAGUAUCGACGUAAUCUGGCGCACAAGUUUCUCAGCAUUUGUCAACACCAAAUACUGGUGCUACAGAAUCAUCACAGCCGUUCUUGGCAUUCCGACCGCGGUGCUUUGUGGGAUAUAUUUCGCUUGCCUUAGUUUUGACUACAUUUGGUGCAUCAUGCCUUGUCUAAGGGCCUACGUUAUUGAGCUACAGUGCCUAGGAAAGAUUUUUGGACUUUGCCUGAGGACCUUUUUCGAUCCUUUCUUCGAAUCCGUGGGAAAGAUAUUUGGUGGCAUCAAAAUUUCCUCGCAAACCGUGUAAGAGUAGCCAAGGGUGACAAGAGUGAAAAGGCAUUUUUUAUAACAAUUCUUAUGAAUCACCCACUUGUUUUCUAUUAUGUUAUUUGGGUUUAUAACCGUUCUGAACGUGGGCAAUUUUAUGGAGUGCUUAACAUUUGUCAGAAUAAACCAGUUAGGAUGACACUUGAAUAAUGAUAAGGGUUUUUCCAAAAUCAACAAACCAACUGAACGAGAUCGAUGGCGCUUACCAUUUAGAAUUCGAUUUCCCCUCGAGACUAGAAUUUAGUAAAUUGUAAGGAAAUUUCUGCCGUUUCGUUCCGAACGGAAAAAUACGACUACCUAUGGAGAGAAAUUUCCCGGACACUAUGCAGGGAUGUGGACGUAGAUGAACACACAAAAGAGGGCAAUCGAAAUCAAUCGAACGUUCGAUUUCCGAACUUUUGAUUUUUUUAAAACUGCUGUUCGAGUUGUUAAAAAGGAUAAGUUUUUCGAAGCUCGAGUUACUUCAGUAUAACACGUGUUUUGGCAAGCGCAGACAUCCUGAAGAAACGGCUUCAGAUGGACUGUGGGUUGUUAGCUUUAAAUGCGUAGUUAAAAGCUACGAAGAGUGCUGCUCUGACGCGAAGGAGGGUGAAGAUUUUAAAGUUUUAAAGAAAAUAGACAAAAAUGGCCUUGCUUUUCGAGUUGUAAAUGAGCACGGACAAUUGGGUCACCUUCAAAAAGAACUGGUUGCGUCCCUCUAGCUUGUUAAUGCUUUUAUCACUUGGUAAGUGAAGACGCUUGUACAGUCGAACCUCGAUUAUCCGGACUCGUCGGGACCUCGGUAAAUAGUCCGGAUAAUCGAGAGUCCGGAUAAUCGAAAACAUGAAUAUUAUUGAGAUAGAUAUGUGAACAAAAGGUAAACAGCAAAGAAAACAUCAUUUUAAUUGUGAAAUCUACACAGCCUGUAUGUAUUUGCAAAUAAAAACUUUCAGUUCAGGUAUUUACAAAGGUCU